UAUACCUCAUUUCACUUAACAGUGUUACCACAGCCCCUGGUGUUGCUAUCUAAAGAUCUGCCGCGAUCUGCUUCAGCCGCGAUUUGAAAUUUCUUGGCCAUGAGGAAAAUUGGCAUAUUGUUAGUAUUGCACCUCGCCCUUUUCUUCUACGACAUCAUUACUGGGUGUGAGGUGAUAUGCAGCUCUGGCGAGUAUUUUGACAAAAACACAAAAUGCUGUAAACUCUGCCCGGCGUGUAACCCUGGGGAAGAGUAUACAAACCACUGUGGACAUAACGACGCAGGGGAAAUAACGGGUGUUGGGUGUAAACCGUGUCGAAAGGAUUUUUUCCAGGACAUGAAAUCUCACAGGCGUUGCUCAACAUGCCAGUCGUGCAGAAGUGAUUAUAAAGUAGAAAUAGCAGCGUGCACGCCGAAGAAUGAUACUGUUUGCGCUGAUAAAUGUCCUGUAGGGAAACGUGAAGAUGAUGGAGUAUGUCGUGCGAUCCCGACUGCUACUGUACCAUUGACAACAACAGUUACCUCACCACCCACCGCAGCGACGACGAAACAGGUCCCCAGCGAAAAGACUAAGACAACGCUGCCGUUAACACCGUCCACACCCACUGAUCCGCCAGGAACUGAAACUGAUAGAGAUCCAAAAACCUCACAAAAGGUAAGUUCUGAAAGGCGCUUUGGUAAACCAGGCUGGAUGGUUUUCUUCUGUCUGAUGGGGUCUUUGGUUGGCACCACCUUACUCUUUGUGGCAUUUCGCAAACGAAAACAAAUCAAAGAAUUGUGCGGCGUGCCUUGCCGGAGGUAUCGAGAAUUGCCGUCCGAUCAUGAUGUCGAAGGCGGUAGUUCGUCGGCCCCCCUGACAUCAGAAGAUCACUACGCUGAACAAGCACAUAAUGUGACAAACGGAGCGGAACCUUUCUUUCCUCGAGACGAGGCUGUGUCACCAGCAUUAUUGUCACCCUUUCCCUCUACUGAACUAAGACAUCCUGGGGUCGGACAGAAGAAGGAGAUCGAUGAAAUGCAGUGUGCCUGUCGCAUAAAUCCAUCUGACCAGCUCAUGGACGAGAUGGGACACUCUUCAUCCUCCGAAGAACUGCAGUCUUGCCUGCAUGGAAGAAACACUCCAUCUGGCAAAAGUUCCUCAAACCCUCCAACCCCAGGAGUUUCCUCUCGCGAUGGUGCUACACCUGUUCGUGGGGUGUCACCCGUGAACAGUGGCGAUCCCUUUUCAUCGUCUUCGUCGUCACCUUGCUUUUCCUCUCGUAAUUGGUCGCGUAAUCCGAGUUACAACUCCUCAUCUUCAAUAAAUGAAACAUCAAGUCAUUCAAGUUGCUUGUCGCCUGAUCGUUGUCCUCCAUUGCCUCGUUCCACAUCAACUUCGCUACGCAUGACUCCUCGUGGCCAGUCCCCUAAUCAUUCAUGUAAUUGCAUAAUAUCUUCUACACCUUCCCCUUGUGCAACACCUCAACGUGGACCGUCACCUAAUCAGUCUUCCAUUCCAAGCACCGAGGUUCAUUCCGCGUCUUCGGAAGAACCAGAAAUCUCUAAUCAGAGUAGAGAUAAUAUUCCAAUGAGCAUCGAGGCCUGUGAUGAGAAGCACGAAACAGCAAUCGCACCGAGAAGCAUAAAUAGUAGCCCAGCUAGGCAAAGCAAAGAAAUCAAGGGUAACGCUGGUGGAUGGAAAAAAGGUAGAAAUCAGAAGAAGGAUUUGGUUUGUUCUUGUGUACAGGAAAUGGAUCACGAAGACCUUACUUCGGCGGGUAUAGACCACUCCAAGGGGGUUGCAAGCAGAGAGAAAGAUCCACGUCUGAUCGCUACUACUGGAAAAAGUGCCAACCCUGUCACUGCAGCAACUAUCGGGAAAGGACGGGAGGACGAGAUUGGACGGAAGAGCAUUAAUACAAACAGUACGGGUGAAUGUAAGUAUAAAAAGAUUUGCCGCAAACACGAAGCAGAGCAUCGCUGUCGAGAUUGUUGCCCACUACCAACUGAUUCCAUUUUUUCACUCAUCAACAAUGAUCGGCCCUGCCUCAGAGAAGAAAUAUGUAGAGAGCUUAAUAAAAACAGCGACUAUAAAGAUUUGGCUAUUUGCGGCAGAGUGGAGGCUGAGGUGAAAGAGCUGUAUGAGGGUAGUCCAAAUCCCGCGGAGCGUGUCUUGGAUCGACUGAAGGCAAAGCGUCCACAGCUGAAACUUAAGGAAUUCCAGGAAAUGCUAACAAAGAUCAAACGCAAUGACAUAGCGCACAUAAUUGAGAAUCAUCAUUUAUCAUGCAAUCUUUGUAUGAAAAAUAGUUUCGACUCAAGGAAUUAGGUUUGUUGUAAUUAUUAGGAGACCACAAAAAGCUGGACAUUUUUAAAUAGGUUUUAGUUAGCUGUACCAUAACCAAAAACAAAGGAACAAUAGAGAGCUUUUCAAUUGAUCUUCGAACGGAAUCCGUGAUUGCAUUGGUUUUGAAUACAAGCCUGUGCAAUUGGUUUAGAAAAAUCCCCCCCUUCAACCAAUCACAUCCAAGCUAGAACUAAUAACGAUCUAGUCAGUUCUGCCUCUCGGCGUUUCAGUUUAAUUGCACUUUGAAAUAUUAAACUUUGAGUUUCUUCAGAUGAAAAUAUUUCUUUUUUCUGAUUGCUGACUUCAGUAGA